AUGACGUCACAGCUGAUGUCUCUGAACCGGCCUCAGUUCUACGUUAUCUACCAGGUUGAAGAAGAGUUACAGAAGAUGGUGGAUGACGGUGUAGCCUAUCCAGUGACUAGUUCGGAGUGGGGCACACCAUUGGUAGUCAUACCUAAACAGCAGGGAGUUAGGUUAUGUGGUGAUUUAAAGGUUACCUUGAAUCAGACAGACCAUCAACCAUUAACAGCCAUAUUUGGUUCUAAGAAAGGAAUACCUAGUCUUGCCGCAGCACGGUUGCAACGAUGGGCAUUGAUAUUAUCGACCUACAACUUUGAAGUUCGGUAUCGAAAAGGAUCUGAGGUAUCACAUGCGGAUGCAUUGUCAAGAUUACCCCUACCCAUGGAUGAAUCCCUGGAAUUGGAAGCUAACUGUGUCGCCCAUGUGGAGGAAUGCUUGGAGGUAUUCAACUGCCAAUUGGUGAGUGAAAAUCCACUUACUUCUGUAGAUGUAGCGAGAUUUACUGGCAGAGAUCCACUUUUAUCUAGAGUCCGUGAUUUUUUGUGGCAUGGCUGGAGAGAUGUAAAAGACCCUAAGUUGACUCCUUAUUUAAAGAGGAAGGAUGAGUUGUCCAUUGAGGCUAAUUGUGUAUUAUGGGGUUCUCGAGUUGUAAUUCCUGAUAAACUUAGAGACAAUGUGCUUCGGUUGUUACAUGACCAACAUCCUGGUAUUGUAAGAAUGAAAAUGCUCGCAAGAAGCUACGUUUGGUGGCCUGGUCUUGAACCAGCGAUUGAGAGUAUGGUUAGAUCAUGUCAUAUCUGUCAGAGUUCUCGGAACUCGUCUGUGAAGGUUCCAUUGCAGCAGUGGCCUAAGUCCACAAGGAGGUGGCAGCGUGUACAUAUUGACUUUGCGGAGGAGCCUACUUCUAGACAACAAAUGCUUGUACUUGUAGAUACUUAUUCUCGGUGGAUCGAGGUAUUUUUGAUGAAUUCUACUACCACUUCCAGUACAGUUUCCCGUCUUCGAACCCUGUUUGCUUCUUAUGGGUUACCUGAAGAGCUAGUUUCUGAUAACCAAGCUACCUUUACUAGUUCCGAAUUUAGAGAGUUUUUGGCUAAGAAUGGAGUUAAAUUUACGUUAACACCACCCUACCAUCCUGCUUCCAAUGGUUCUGCUGAGCGCAGUGUUCAAAUUGUCAAGAAAAAUCUACUUCGACAAGUUUUGGGAGAGAGUGCCACAGGUUCCAUUACCUUACAGCACAAGUUGGACAAUUUCUUGAUUUCGUAUCGUAACACCCCUUGCUCUGUAACGGGGCUCACACCAGCUGAGAUGUUCCUGAAUUGGAAGCCUAGGACGAAGUUAACCUUACUCAAGCCUAACUUGUAA